AUGGAAACAGAAUUGAAGGUACCUGGGAAUGGUCAAGGGAUGUCAAGCACUGAAAACAUGGACAAAGAAGUUAAGGUACUUGAGGAAGGUCUAAGGAUGACAAAUGCUCAAAGUAUGGAAACAGAUGUAGAAGGUCAAUUGAUGACAACCACCCAAACAAUAGAAACAGAAGUAGAUCUGAAUAAAGAAGAUCUUGUGUCAGGUUUUAAAUCCACUGUUUGUGCUCAAGAGUCCACAAGGAAAGAACCUUUGAUAAAAGACAUAAAAAAUGUGCAUUUAGGUAUAACAGGGACGGUCACAUGUAAUAUUUGCCAGCGUGAAUUAAGUGAUAAACACAAAUUGAAGAGUCAUAUUGAAACAGUUCAUAAGCCAAAGGAUAAUCUGAUGUGCAGUAUCUGUAAGAUGAAGUUUACUUCAGAUGGAUGUUUAGAGAGACAUAUAAGAGUUGUCCAUCUUUCUAGGAAACAGCUGACAUGUGAGGUGUGUGAAAAAGUGUUUAAACAGAAAAAAGAAUAUAAGAAACAUGUUGCUACCCAUACAGGACCAGAGUGUACACUUUGUAAGGAGUCAUUUGGCUCUAUAAGAAUUUUGAUGCAACAUAGAAGGACAAAUUUAUGGCCUUGA